CCUCCGCGGACGCUUUUCCUCCUUCAGCCGGUCAGGUGUAGUGCUCCUCCGCGACUCCGCUCUCCUCCCCCUCCUCCUCCUCCGCCGCCUCCUCUUCCUCCUGGAGCCGCUUUAACUCCCCCGGUGAGAGUCUUCUCCGUGUGAGGCCGAGCUGCCGCUCCCAGCAGGCGGACAGUGUCGCAGCCCCCGCCGCUCCGGGAUGGAUGAUGCCCGGGAAGACGCGCCGGUGGGUCCGCUGGAGAGGAGCAGCCACCGGGCGUUCAUUCACGGCAACACGCUGUACGUGUGGGGGGGCUACCGGAUGGUGGGUGGAGAAGAUGUCAUCCUGCCCAGCGAUGAGAUAUGGUUCUGUGAUUUGGACAGCGGGACGUGGGACAAACUGCAGGCCACAGGAGACGUCCCCUCGAACCUGGCCAUGUGCAGCAGCGCUCAUGUCAACGGCACGCUUUACAUAUUUGGCGGAUGGUUGGAACCAGACGGUUACUCAAAUGAGAUGUUCAGCAUCGACCUCUCACAGCAGCCCUGCUCAUGGAGGAAAGUGACCGACACCAGGGGGCCGACACCCUCUCCACGCAACAAACACUCCUGCUGGGCGCACAAGAACCGAUUGAUCUUCUUCGGUGGGUACGGCUGUAAGACCAUGGGGGAUGUUCGCAGCUCCUGGUCGAGCUUCAUCGUGGACGAGAUGUCCUGGUCCACCAUUGGAGACACUUUGUUCCGGUGCUGGGGGUGGAACAGCGAGGUCGUGGUGUUCGACAUACACUCCUCCACGUGGAGCAAGCCGGAGACUCGGGGCUCCGCUCCCUCGGCCAGAGGCUGCCAUGCCAGCGCCCUGCUGGGGAACAGAGGUUAUCUCUCCGGCGGCGUGGAAACAGCGGAGUUGGACUUGUUCUGCUUGGACCUGGAAACUUGGACCUGGACUGAAAUCGUCAUGCCCCCGACCUUCGCCCCUCUGGGUCGCUCCAUGCACACCAUGACGUCCAUCUCGGACCACGCGCUCUUCGUCUUCGGAGGUCUGGGCAUAGAUGGAGUCACCCUGAAUGACGCCUGGAAGUUUGACACGAGAACAAACGAGUGGACCGAGAUAAUGCAUCCACACAGAGACAAGCCGAGGGUGUGCCACACAGCCUGCCUGGGACAGGACAGCGACGUCGUGGUGUUCGGCGGAUGCAGCAACCUCUGCGUCAUCAUGGACACGAUUGCUAUUCUGAGAGCUCCGUCCCAACAUCACUGCAGCGACAUCCUCAUCUUCCAGACCCAGCCUUACUCCCUCUCCAGACUGUGUGAAGAUUUCAUCGGCGAACACCAGCAGCUGUUCGGAGACCUCCUCUCUCUGCCGUCGAAGCUCCGCAGCAGCGUGAACAAGAGGCGAGCCUUUUUCUCCACCGUGAAGCCAUUUCUCAAAGCUUGAAGAGGGUUUUUUUCUAAUUAGGGUUUUUUUUAGGAGCAUCAAACUCUCCGAUGGCAUUUGUGCUCGUAAUGACUCUAAAAAAAGAAAUAAGGUGCUGGAAGUUUUCUUCUUUUAGACUUUGUAAGUGAAGUUUGUCUUAUUUUUAAACGGCCAGUUUUCAUUAGUUGGAUUUUACUGUAUUUACUGACUUGUUUUUGAAUAAAGCUGAUGACUUUUGCA